UGGUUUUCCUUUUAUUAUUUCAACCUUCAUUCAAUAUACUGUGGCGCUAAACAAUGGAGCCGAGUUCGAAUGAAUCGAAGGACUCAGAUGUGGUGUUAGAAACCCUAAGAACAAGGGGCUGGUGUUUCGGAGACUUGCAGCAAGUGAAGGCUACGAUAACCAUUCACUACGCUCUAGCCAUUGAUGCAACGAAGGUGGUUGAUUCUGUGGAGUCGGAGCUGUUGAAUUUGGACCUUCGAUCAAUCGGAGGCAAGUCCUUGCCCGAACCUUCUCUUCUUCGCAAGUCUUCUCAUCUUCAGGGCCCCAAAGUGCUACAGAUAUCUUCAGUAAGGGACAUAUCUAGAAGCACUGUGGAUGAAUUUUCAAGAAGCUCAGGUGAUCGGCGACUUCUUAGAUUAGGUCUCACAGAUGGGCACUCUGAUGUAACUGCCAUAGAAUAUUCUCACAUCCCACUUAUACCUGAUAAUGUCGUUCCUGGGACCAAGAUUCGUUUGGAAGAUAAAACUGUGAUUCGUAGCGGUAUAGUUUGUUUAAAUUCUCAAGUGUUGACCAUAUUAGGAGGUGUUGUUCAAUCGCUUUAUGAGGAAUGGCAUAUGAACAAAAAGUAUUCAGGAUUCUCUCGAUCAUCUUUAAGGAAGCUAGAUGAAAGUGAUGCAGACCGACCUCCUCAAUUUGUGAAGCUGCAUGUUGGGUCUUCCUCAGGAUAUGGAGAUUCUAACUUUAGAACCAGUAAGCCUAUUCCUGUGGCUGGCAAAACUGGGAUGGGGUCAGUUGGUAGCCAGCAAUACCCUAGUCAGAGAUCAGAUAGCGUGGAUGUAAAUCAGAAAUCUAGAUUGCCUCCAAAAACAGAUGAAGAAAAGCCUAGCAGUUCAGGGACAAGACCAAAAGAAGUUGUGGAAUCUGUUCCCAUUCAAAAUCAAGCAGCUGCCCAGAAAUUACUUCAGAAACUGGGUCAACCAAAUCAGGAGCAUCAGCCCCGCAAGGGUCGGAAACAUAGGAGCAAGGAGAAGCGAGAAGAUCCGGCUGUCUUUACGCUGGAAGAAUAUGAAAACAGAAAACUCCAGGCAAAGCAUCCUAUGACACAGGCGAUUCAUGAUACUAGUCAAGAUGAAAAUCUUGCUUGGCAGCUCCAGAAUCAAUUAAACGUGGAGGAUUCUCAGGUACAGAGGGGUUAUCAUCAUGAAUCUAGGGCAGAAGAUAUUAGAAUGAGUAUGUUCAAUUAUGAAAGCCAUGACAGCAGCCAUGACAUGGGAUAUGGAGGAGGACGGGGAAGGGGAGGGGGAAGAGGAAGGGGAAGGGGAAGGGGACGCGGUGGUGGAGGUAAGGGAAGGGGACGGUGAAGGUCUGAUUGCCCAUGUUGCUCUCUUCUUGUAUCUCUUUCAAUCCCCUGUUGUUGUUGUUGUUUUUUUUUUUUUUGGGACUGAUUUUUGAACCUGUGCUUGCCUUUCGCUGGCCGUGCAAAGCAUGUGAAUUUAAAUGGAAUGGAAUGAAACAGAAUGGGAAAUACAGUAAUUAGUGAAUGACUAUUUUACACCUUCCCAAA